UCCCAGAAUGCAAUUCCGUAAAAAUGGCAUCUUAUGUAAGUCGUCUGCUGCGACCAUCUCGUCGAAUUCUUUCAAAUUUUGAGAGAAAAUCUUUCGUAUUAAGAGAGACGGCAUCCAUGAGUACAUAUCAGUCUCCUUCAGGUGAACCCAGUAUUCCAGAGUGGAAGCAGCCACAGAAUGAAACCAUUGAGCUGAAAAGAGCAAGGCUCAUUUAUCAGAGUCGUAAAAGAGGAAUGUUGGAAAAUGGAAUUAUUCUAAGCACAUUUGCUGGUCGUUAUCUAGAGGGAUUUGAUGAAGAGCAACUUGACCAGUAUGAUAACCUGAUCAAUAAGCCUGGCAAUGAUUGGGAUCUCUUCUAUUGGGUAGUUGAGCACAAGCCAACACCUGAGGAAUACGACCAUGGAGUCAUGGAUCUCCUGAAGACAUUUGCGAAGAAUCCUGACAUGGAAUCACGCAUCAGGCAACCUGAUCUUUCAGAGAACGAACAGAGGCACACAUGAGAAAAGAUGACCGGUCCAGAGAAAUGAAAUCCUUCUCGAGAAAUGGACUGUUUAUAUUAAAAUAUGUCAAACCAAAUGUGGUUGAUAUUGACUUGAUCUACAAGCAGAUGGUCUAACACCAUCAUGGCUAAACCCACUUGGUCUACUGUAAAUUUAGUCUAAUUACCAUUUGGUCUAUCCAUCACUUGGUCUCGCUUUCAUUUGGUCUCAUGCCCAAACAGUCUGAUAACCACUUUUGCCUACUUCAUAUUUUGCACUUUGUCAAAUGAAACUUUGGCUCUUAUACAGUUUAUCAAUUCAUAUACACUAGGGCUGUUUAAUAGAACAAGUGUAUUUUAGAUGGAAUGCAUAUAGCCUGAAUGGAAAUAAGACAAAGUGGUUGAUGGGCUAAAUGACAGUUAGACCAAAUAGUUAGUAGAUGAACCGGUUGUAGACGAAGAAUGAUUAGACCAUGUGGGACCAGGCCAGAUGGAAAGUAGACCAAGUGGCAAUAUACUAGUGGGCAAUUUCAUAAAAUAUCAUGAAAUAUGUAUGUCCGACCCCCUAUAUGUGGGGCCUUCAUAUCAUUUUCUGUCUCUGAUUUCCUGUUCUUUUGACAGUCUGUAAUGUUCUAAAAGGACCAUGAUUUGGUCAGUUAAUGAAGUAAGACUCGAGAAAAAUGGGGGUCGGACGUACAAAAAGGUUGAUCAUUUUAUGGAAUUGCCCUACUCUAAUUAUUUUUGUGGUUUGCUGUAGAAGAGAGUGACUUUCAGUUUAUUUUCUGGCCACUCGAGGAGGUGGCACGGACUGAUUAGUCUCUGGUAUCGUGAGGUAUCAUUGACAAAAAUGAAAAGUCCUCUGAUAAUUAUUGUUGGAGAGAUUUGUGAAAGGGAUUUUUGGUCAGUGCUUUCAGCUAUCUUUGACAAAAAUUGAUAAAGCCCCUAAGCCAUGAGAAUUUUGGGUUGUUACUUUUUACAUAUUUCACAGUAUGGUAUCCUGGCAGUGAGCAUUUGUCAUCUCUGGUGCAGCUUCUUGUUCUCUGCAUUCAGAAUUUCUAUAGAAAUAAAAGAUAUAAUCACUUAGGAUUCAGCCCUCGUAAUACAAUAAGAGGAUCUUUCUCCAAAGAGGUGCUGGUAUUUCAUUUUAUAUAAUUUGUGAUAUGUAUUCCAAAGCUUUUUCAAUAGAAAAAAAUACAUGAAGAUAAAUUCAUAAUUUAUAUCUAGGUGGAGGGAAAUGAGUACAGGUAACUGCUAAAGUCAAAUAUCUUUGGUCCAUGUAAACCUAUGGAGCAAUCCUGGGAGAAAUCUCACUUUGAAUCGUGUUUUGUUCACUCUGGUAAAAAAAUGCUUUAUUGAUAAUUGAUAACUGUUGAUUAUUCAACAAAAAGUUAACGUCAACCUAUACGAGAUUAACUGUACUUAUGCUUCAGUGGCAGAAGAUGAACCACAUUAGCAUUAUAACAUUAGUAUAAGCAGACAAUGCCCCCUUAGAUUGCCUUUGUCCACAGAAUGUCUUUGAAUUGUCACUGUAAGAUAUCUGUAUGUAAAUAUGAAUAAAUAACACAUAUACAUGUA